CGGCUGCGCGGGUCCUGCCUCGCCUCGUCUCCCUUGGACCGAGGUGAUGGGGGACUCCAAGGAGGCCGGGGCCGAGGCUCCGCGGCCCGGCGCUUCGGCUCGCGGAGGACUCAGCCUCCUGUCCCAGGGCGAGUCCGAGGAACCUUCUGCACAGGGCUCCACGCUGUUCCUGGGGGGCAGCGAGGUGAAGAGCCGGGCCGUGGUGAAGUACUCCUCCGCCCCCCCUCGGGCAGCCUUCGCGCGCCUGGAGGAGAAGACAGACCUGAAACUGCCCCCUGCCAACUGGCUACGGGAGAGCGCCAAGCUGGGGCCCGCGGGCACCACCAUCCUGGGCACCAGUAAGAAGAGCAAGCCGUUUUCCAGCUUUGGGAUGGCGUACGACUUUAUUGACUCCGUGGGCAACGAUGUGGACGUUGUCUCUGACUCUGAGAACAUAAAAAAGCUCCUGAAGAUCCCCUACAGCAAGUCCCACGUGAGCAUGGCCGUGCACCGCGUCGGGAGGACCCUCCUGCUGGACGAGCUGGACAUCCAGGAGCUCUUCAUGAGGUCUUCCCAGACUGGUGAUUGGACGUGGCUGAAAGAGUUUUAUCAGAGACUUAUUGAUCAGAAGUGGCAGAGGAAGAAAAAGAGCAAAGAGCAUUGGUAUCAAAAGGCUAUUCUUUCCAAGUUUUUAUAUUACAGUAUCAAUGGCGAUGGAGCCGCGCAGCCCGUCCCAUCUGCUGCAGAGCAGCGGGAAUCAUCCAGUUCAGACCAGACAGGUGACUCGGACGGGGCGUCGUGGCCCGCCCCCUUCGAAAUGCCUUCUCCAGUUUUCCGAAGAUCCCCAGUGCUUUCCAGUCAGGGAAGUGAGCCUCUCGAACCCUCAUACAUAGUGGGGCAUCUGGCCUCAGCCCCCAAAGAACAAAACCUGACUACUUUAUUCAAUGACGGGGAGAACAGUCAGGGUCUUAAGAAUGAUUUUGUUCGGAAUAUUCUGUGGACGUUUGAAGAUAUACAUAUGUUGGUUGGCUCCAACAUGCCUAUAUUUGGAGGAGGCAGAUACCCAGCAGUCAGCUUACGUCUCAGGGAUAACAACAAACCAAUCAAUGUGCUCACUGGAAUUGACUAUUGGCUGGACAACUUGAUAUGUAAUGUACCAGAGCUUGUGAUGUGUUUCCAUGUAAACGGGAUUGUACAGAAGUAUGAAAUGAUAAAGACAGAAGAGAUUCCCAAUUUGGAAAACUCUAAUUUUUCUACUAAAGUCAUAAAAGACAUUGCACAGAAUAUUUUAUCCUUUCUGAAAUCUAAUUGCACCAAAGAAGGACAUACCUAUUGGCUCUUUAAAGCGAGUGGCAGUGACAUAGUGAAGCUCUAUGAUCUCACGACUCUUUGUGAAGAAACUGAAGACAAAUACCAAAACCCGUUCACAAUGCCGGUGGCUAUUCUCUUAUACAAGGUUGCCUGCAACAUGAUGAUGAAGAAGAACCAAAAUAAGAAACACUACGGAACUAUCAGAACGCUGCUUCUCAACUGUGUUAAAUUGUUGGACAAAAGCAGACACCCUCAAAUUAUUGCUUCAGCCAAUUACAUGCUUUCAGAACUCUUUCAAUUGGAUGAACCUAAAAAAGAAGAAAGUGCAGAGUCUCCCUUAAAUGAGAAUUCUGAUGAAAGUUACAGUGAGGAGGAGGAAGAGAUGCCAGACAGCGAUGAAAAUGGGUCCUAUUGCACCAGCUCCGACCCUCCCGACGACAACAAAGCAGUGGCCAUCAUCAAGUCUGUUGGAGAACUGUCAGUUCCAGAGAAGUACAAAUCCAUCCAUCAGAUCAGACCCAGUUGUGCGUUUCCAGUUUGCCAUGACACCGAAGAACGCUGCAGACUUGUGCUGAGCUAUGUUCUGGAGGGUUUAAAAUCUGUGGACAGCAGCAUUAAGAAAGAAAGCGACCUCCCUGCCGCUGACCCCAGCACCCCAAUCCCGUUGAAAUAUGAAGAUGAAUCCGCAAGGGGAGGUCCUGAGGGUCUGGAGAAGCAGAUGGCCUUGUUUUUGGACAAAAUGGGCUCCCUGCAGAAGGGCAAUUGCUCCAGCCAGUCCGGGAUGACCCCUGGCUCCUGGCAACAUAAAAUGAAGCUCCAGCUGAUCCUCAAGUCAUCCAAAGCCUAUUACGUGUUGUCUGACGCCGCCAUGAGUCUGCAGAAAUAUGGACGCGCGCUCCGAUACAUCAAAUUGGCUCUGCAGAGCCACGACACUUACUGCUGCCUCUGCACCAACAUGCUCUCCGAAGUGCUGCUGUUCCUCUCCCAGUACCUGACGCUCUGCGGCGACAUCCAGCUGAUGCUGGCGCAGAACGCCAACAACCGGGCGGCUCACCUGGAGGAGUUUAACUACCAGACGAAGGAGGACCAGGAGAUACUGCACAGCCUCCACCGGGAGUCCAGUUGUCAAGGAUUUGCGUGGGCGACUGAUUUGUCUACAGACUUGGAAAGUCAACUUUCUGUUAGUUGUAAAUGUUAUGAGGCUGCCAAUGAAAUCCUGCAGUUUAGUGACUUAAAAAGCCAAAAUCCAGAACACUACGUGCAAGUGCUGAAGAGAAUGGGCAACAUUAGGAAUGAAAUCGGGGUGUUUUAUAUGAACCAGGCUGCUGCGUUACAGAGUGAGCGAGUGGUGAGCAAAAGUGUGUCGACCGCAGAGCAACAAUUGUGGAAAAAGAGCUUUUCUUGCUUUGAGAAAGGAAUUCACAACUUCGAGUCAAUUGAUGAUGCUACAAAUGCUGCCCUCUUGUUAUGUAACACGGGAAGGCUCAUGCGGAUUUGUGCACAGGCGCACUGUGGCGCAGGGGACGAAUUUAAACGUGAAUUUUCACCAGAGGAAGGCUUGUAUUAUAACAAGGCCGUGGACUACUACCUGAAAGCGCUGAGGUCCCUGGGAACACGAGACAGACACCCUGCCGUCUGGGACUCGGUGAACUGGGAGCUGUCCACCACCUACUUCACCAUGGCCACGCUGCAGCAGGACUAUGCGCCGCUGUCCAGGAAAGCGCAGGAGCAGGUACGUGCCAAGUGGAGCGAAGGCCUCAAUGUGAAAGCUAAAACCGUAACACAUACAAACACCGCCACUGAAAUCACGCGUGGCCCAGGCGGAGACGAGGUGAUGCUGUGGCGCAGCCCCGCCUCCCGCUGCUCUCACUGCCUGUGGUUCCAGGUCGGGGACGAGUACCUCCGGAAGCAGCACCGCGUGCUGGCCGACCUGCACUACGGCCAAGCGGGGAGGCUCUUCCAGCUGCUCAAGGACACGCCCUGCGAGCUGCUGCGGGUGCAGCUGGAGCGGGUGGCCUUCGCCGAGUUCCAGAUGAGCAGUCAGAACAGCAACGUCGGGAAAUUGAAAACACUCUCUGGGGCUCUGGACAUCAUGGUGAGAACGAAGCACGCGUUCCAGCUCCUCAGGAAGGAGCUCGUGGAGGAGCUGGGCCAGCCCAAGAGUGAGGAGCCGACGCCCGUGGCCGACUCGGCUCCUGGUCUAAACAGAGAGGAGGUGCUCAAGCUGCUCGGCAUCUUCGAGUCCCGGCUGGCGUUCCUGCUGCUCCAGUCCAUCAGGCUGCUGUCUCCCGCCAAGAAGAAGACAAGCAAUAACGUGGAAGAAGAUGUGGCCCUCAAAACCAACAAGCACAUUUACUCCCAGCUUCUGCGAGCUACCACCAACAAAAACACCAGCCUCCCGGAAAGGAUCGACGUCCUCGUCCACCUGUUGGACCAGCUCGCGCGCGGCAGCGCCGUGCAGUGACUCGCCAGGGCCACGCCCCAGGUGCCUCGUCCGUGCCUUCUGCACUCGGGCCGGUUUGUCCACUCGGUGCUUCGUUAUUAAACGCGUGGGAGGUACCCGCUCCAGUGGGCACCGCGCGGCAGCACAGCGUCCUCAUUCCCCACAGAUGGGCCGGCGAGCCCCGCUUCCGCGUGGGAAGUGCCGGAAUCAGAGUGAGACGCGGCUCCGCGCUGCUCUCAGAAGCGGAGGUGCGGUGCCGUCACACUGUAAGUGUUGAGUAUGUUAAGCUACGUGGGUUUCAGACACAAUUAUUUUGGAUAAAUGUUACGUUAGGUCAAGGGGACCUUUACCCGGGGACAUCGGUGGUCACGUGGUUAGAGCCACAGCGUUUCCCUCUGAACGGCACGGAAAGAAGUCGCCUUUCUAAGCUUCAGUGCGGGGUUUCCGAAGACCAGCCGUCGUGCAGUUCUCCGUGUUAGUGCGUGUUCUGAAGGACCCACUUCCCUUUGACUUGGAUGACAGUUGACCAAGAAUAGGUUCUACCCCCACUUUUAUUUUAAACUUGAAACUGUGAAUAAGGUCAGAAAACUAUUUUGAAUAAAUAAGUUAUUUAUUUAAAA